GUGCUAUGUGAGGCAGACAGGGAGUGCCCGUACAAGUACUACUGCCACAGCGGCGAGGGCCACAAGUCAUGUCUCAGGUGCAGAAAGUCGCAUCGUCGUUGCCAUAGAAACAAGAUGUGUUGCCAGGGAAACACGUGUGUCGAUGGUCGCUGCAUCCCCCAUCAGUUCCGAUUCGACGAGGCCUACAACACCGCCGUGCAAAACUUCGAGUCGGAAGUGAACGAGGAGGAGGAGAGUAUCCUUCAGGACACCAAGUUUAAACUAAGAAAAGCUCGCCAGGGUGAGCAGUGUUCUUCAUCUGUAUCGUGCGAGGACGGUUUGUGCUGCGCUCAACAUCUCUGGUCCAAAAUGUGUAAGCCGAUGCUGGAAGAGGGGGACAUCUGCACCAAGAAACGCGAUCGUCUCACGGAUGUCUUCCAGCGAUGCGAGUGUUCGCAAGGUCUCUCCUGCAAGCGCGAUUCUGUUCCCGAACGCCGCCUCCACGUCUGCCAAGCCGUCAAGCACCGAUCGAGUGGCACCAGCACGGAACGAGGUGGCGGAGAGGGCGCUGCACAGGGUGAAACCUUGUCACAGCGCGAGAGAUUACUGUCGCUUCCGGUCGAAAAGAUUCGACCGCUUCCGAGCAAGAACGACGGCGACCUCCUUGGCUACCUCUCGGCGGAAUCAGGCGAGAAGCUCUUCGACCUCGCCGGCAGAGGCGAGCGGUGGAUGAUGGGGCGGUCGGCGGAGAAAUUGAAAGGCACGGCGUACAGGGACACAACCGAAAUUACGCGAACGGAACAAGCCGAUAUUGAGGCCAGCCAGUUAACUGUAUUAUGAUCACCAUGAUCCUUCUGAUGACUUGAUGAGGUAGCAAGAUGGUGAGAUGCGAAUGGUAUGAUGAGCAUCUUGCGCAAAAUGAUGAGAGGAUAAUCCGAAUAUGAUGAGGAAGACAAUCAUAGGACGGGCGCCAGACCUUUGACGGGGAGUCGGAACAGUCAGACAUCGCUAAUUGGAAAAGUAAACCCAACUCCUUGAUGAAGCCGUUUCACUGCCGAACUCUCCCUGUCUGUCGCCGCUCUUUAAAAUCUCCUCAAGCAGUGUCGCCAUUCGAAAAAUCUCGCUCGAUUGUUCCACUUUAUGAAAAAUAGAUAAAAAUAUGAUUGGUGCGGUAUGGAGAAAGCAAACGAGUUAUAGAGAGUCGCUUGUCGGUCAUGAUGAGCUGAGUUAUGGUAUCUGUUUAACUAAAUCGAUAAUACAGAGGGUCAUAUUGCGAUGUCAUUUAACUGCAGGUCUUCCAGUGCGACCAUGCAAAAUGCAGAGAUGAGAAAAUCUAAGUAAGAAGUAACUUUCUCUAAUGAUUAGGGGGUAAGAUUCUGGCUUUAUUAGUCACAGUUUUGUAUUUAAUAUAGCAUUUCAUGAUAACCAACAAAACACUUAAUUAUAUAAAAGGAUAUUUUCACAACUAUUGUACUUAAUUUAUUAAUCAUGGUAUUAAUUUAUGAGACACGUAACGUUAGUAUGUUUAUGUUUUAAUUUGCAUCAAUCUUAAUCAGGGCAUCUAGCCUCGAAAAUUGCACUGGCAAAAAUGAUAAUAAGUGUAUACAAAAUCGAUGUUAAAUUCUAAAGAAAUUGAAAUCUGUAUUCAGAUAUGAAUAUAUCACUGACGUUUAAGGCAGUGCACAUGUAAAACUUAUCAUUGUAUUCAUGUGGCGUGGAUGACCAGUGUGUGACGUAACAACAUCAAUCAUGUGAUAUCUCUCUAUUGAUUUAAGUAUAUAACCCAACUCUCAAUCACGUUAUGUCAUGUGAUACUGGUCACGUGAACAUGUUGUAUGUCAUGUGAUAAAGGUCACGUGAACAUGUUGUAUCCAUGCCAACAGUAAAUUCAGUUUGAUUUCUAAUUGUUAUGGAGCAAUAUAUAGUAACCUUAUAUUUGAGAAUAUGUAUUAUUUUCUUGUUUGUACAUAACACGGGUAAGAUAUUUCUAUAUCGAUGUUAACACCAUAUUCGAAAACGAUUUUGUUUAUGAUUUAAAAAUUAUUUAUGAUUCCAGUAAGAGCUAUAGUAAUCAGUUCUUACGACGGUUCGUUUUAAUUUUGUUAUAUUUAUGUACCAAUUAUACUUAAAUUAAGAGGAUUUAUCGGAAUAGACAUGAGGCUGUAUUGCAUGCUUAAAGCAUGUACUUGUUCGUAUUAUCCUUCGUAAAAUUCGUUAACAUGCACAGACUUUAGGGUACAACAUUAAUAUGAAACUUGUUUCGAAAUAUGUAUUUUUUGUAGUCGCUUACAGUCAUGAUAAGGCCGAGUAUAGUGUCACUUUUUGAUCAAAAGUUAUUCUUGGACAAAUUGAAAGUGACACCUUUGCGUCAAAACCUUUUCGAUUUUGGUUGUUUUGUUUUUUCCUUUUUAGUUUCUUUUUUCUUAACUUGGUUAUCUUAAGCUAUAAAUCUAUCAAUAUGUCCGAUCUGAGAAUCAACGAUUCACAAUUUCCUUGUUUACAUUUACUGCCGAACUUAAUUUCCUGUUGAAAUGCGAGAUAUUUUCCACUGUUUGUGUUUUUGGUUGGUUUAUUUAAAAAAAAAAUAAGUUAUGCGUUUUAUGCUUUGCGUUGAAAGUAGUAAAUACUGCGUUUUACCUUUUCCUGAAACCUUGUUCGAAUCAUAAAUUAAUGGCUAACGGAACAUUCGAAAUACGAUGAUACACAGCUGAGCUUGGAAGGGGUUAGGAACUGGGCAAUGAAGUUAGGAACACUCUAUUACAAGAAAUAGCCGUUAAAUCAAUAGUUAUUAGAUUCAAAAUGAAAGCAAAAGAGGUGAAAAGUGAUGAUUUAAUGACAUCGGAAAUAUCUAUUUCUUGUAAUUAUCACCUUGGCAAUGGCCUCUCCUGUGUCAUUGUUCAAGGAAUUUGGCUUCAGAACACGGCUCAAAAGAUUUAAUGGCUUCCCAGAGCCACACCCUUAACCAUAAAAAUCGUAUUAGUCUCUAAUCCAAACGUUUGUUAAAUUUUGUCAUAACCUCUAUAUAGUCCAGAAUAUUAUAUACCACGGCGUAUUGUAUAGUUCUUGCAAUAGAUUGUGGUCAUUCUAACGGUAAUAUUCUAUUUUAACGUGUGAAAAUGGGAAGUUGAGCGAUGCGGUUAUUGUUUCAGAAAUAAUUACCCCCUGUUUUCUGCAUGUAGGCUAAUAGUGGAGCGUUUCUCUCUACCUGCCAAGUGUGACUGUCUGACAAUCGGACACACCCUUAAUUUCGUCACCGGUCUUCCGUGAAAUUGUUGGGUGUCGCUUCAAAGCCCCCCUCCCCCCCCCCCCCCCCAAAAAAAAGAGUUAAACUUAAGCCCCUGAUUUGAAAUAGGAGUGUGCGGUUAUUCUCUCCCUUAAAAACAUUAUUAAGAGUUAUAAUUAUUCAAACGACAUAUUAACAUGGUAUGAUAUGUUAUUAUGUAAUAAUAGGACGUUCUCCCAUCAAAUAUGAAUUACAACGGACUGGAAUAAAAAAUAAAGCCCUCUUCGGAGAAAGCAAAAUUCGGAUAAAGAUUAACUACGUUUUUCAUUUUUUUUUCUUCUCAAUGGGUGCGGUUAUUUAAAUUGGGAUGACAUUUACGAGGAAAAUUGUGUCGUUUCAAUGCUGACAUUUUAAUCACACACUGACAAUACGUUUGCCCCACCUUUGUUUUGCUCGCGCGAUUUGGACAACAUUGCACGUCAAUCAGGCAAUGCUUAAAAUGCGAAAAGUAGGCAACACAGGUUGAGCCUCGAAUCCUGUUUAUUUUGACAAUUCUGAGUCACAGGGUAUAUGCUUGGAGAAUAAUCCCGAUUGUGGUUUUAGGGCUUCUUAAAAUACGAAAUCCGCGAGGGCUGUUUUGGCGUUUCCUCGCAAGUUUGGCAUUUGACGGCCUUCUGCUUCGAUCUCGCCUCGUGUUAGGAUUACAGCGAACAUGGAGAGGAGAGGACGCCAAUUAAAGUCCACCGCAUACAAUGCGACGCUUCUACGAUCGAUUUUUUAAAUAGAAAUCGCAGUUGCAAUGGCUAUGGAAAUUUGAUCAUAAUCGUCUUCUUGAAUGAGGUUCUGAAUAACGAAAUAAACAUCAGCAAUCGAAAAA